UUGUAGGGAAAGUCGCGUCACUGUGUUGAGUGUCUGAAGCCGUUGGCUUCGAACCGCCUGGCUUUGUAUCUUAUCUAUUAGCGUUAAAAUGUUAAUUAAUUUCCUUGUUAUAUCAAUUUUGCAAUCUUUGGAAAGAGAUAACAUGGUUUAGCUUUAACACGUGGAUUACAGCGGAAGCCAUCUAUCAAAAGAUUUCAGACAAAGUAGGUAGCUAGCUACUGGAUUAUGGGGACACAUUUUGAAAGAGCAGCUAGCUAGCCUUGCUAGCUAACCAGCACCGUUCAUAUAAAGAACGAAUCUUGUUUUUGUUUUGUUAUUGGAACACAGGAAUAAAUGCAAAAUAUUGCGACCCCUUUCUAAAGCACUGACGUUAUUGAGGAAACUUACUAUGACCGAGAUGUGGUUGUCCCACCUAGCUAUCUUGAGAUGAAUGCACUAACUAUUGCUGAGUUCCUCCUCUGGACGGUGGAGCAAUGAGCUUCUGAAAGACACUUGAUCACAUGGCUCCCAUUCCCUUCGUUGACCACCAGGAUUAAAAAUGAGCAUUAGCAGUGAUGAGGUCAACUUCCUGGUGUACAGAUACCUGCAAGAGUCAGGCUUCUCCCACUCGGCGUUCACCUUUGGCAUAGAAAGCCACAUCAGCCAGUCCAAUAUCAACGGAGCCCUGGUUCCCCCUGCUGCCCUCAUCUCCAUCAUCCAGAAGGGCCUGCAGUACGUGGAGGCAGAGGUCAGCAUCAAUGAGGAUGGCACUCUGUUUGACGGGAGGCCCAUCGAGUCGCUGUCUCUGAUCGACGCUGUGAUGCCCGAUGUGGUGCAGACGCGGCAGCAGGCCUACCGGGAAAAGCUGGCCCAUCAGCCGCAGGCAGCCGGGGCUGGCAGCGCCAGUGGCACCCAGGGCCCCCAGCCCGGCAGCACCAAGAAUGGAGAAGGUGGAACCGCUGCCAACGGCGAGGAGAAUGGUGCCCACGCCUUAGCAAACCACCAUGCAGACAUGAUGGAGGUGGACAGGAAUGUUGCGAUUCCCCAGAACAAGGCCAUGGUGCUGCGAGGCCACGAGUCCGAGGUGUUCAUCUGUGCCUGGAACCCCGUCAAUGACCUGCUCGCCUCAGGGUCUGGGGAUUCAACGGCGCGGAUCUGGAACCUGAGUGAGAACGGCACAGGCAGCUCCACCCAGCUGGUGCUGAGACACUGCAUUCGGGAGGGGGGUCAGGACGUACCCAGCAACAAAGACGUCACCUCACUGGACUGGAAUAGUGAGGGUACGCUGCUAGCCACAGGCUCGUACGAUGGCUUUGCCAGAAUAUGGACUAAAGACGGUGACCUCGCCAGUACCUUGGGCCAGCACAAAGGUCCUAUAUUUGCCCUCAAAUGGAAUAAGAAAGGCAACUUUAUUCUCAGUGCAGGAGUAGAUAAGACCACGAUCAUUUGGGAUGCUCACACAGGGGAGGCCAAGCAGCAAUUUCCCUUUCACUCAGCGCCGGCCCUGGACGUGGACUGGCAGAGCAACAACACGUUUGCCUCCUGCAGCACGGACAUGUGCAUCCAUGUGUGUAAGCUGGGCCAGGACCGGCCAGUCAAGACCUUCCAGGGACACACGAAUGAAGUGAACGCAAUCAAGUGGGAUCCUACGGGGAGUCUGCUGGCCUCCUGCUCCGACGACAUGACACUCAAGAUCUGGAGUAUGAAGCAGGACUCGUGUGUCCACGACCUGCAGGCCCACAGUAAGGAGAUCUACACCAUCAAGUGGAGCCCCACGGGGCCUGGGACCAACAACCCCAAUGCCAAUCUCAUGCUGGCCAGUGCGUCGUUUGACUCGACUGUGCGCCUGUGGGACGUGGAGCGCGGCGUGUGCAUCCACACGCUCACCCGCCACCAAGAGCCCGUCUACAGUGUGGCCUUCAGCCCCGACGGGCGCCACCUAGCCAGUGGCUCCUUCGACAAGUGUGUCCACAUCUGGAACACACAGACGGGUGCUUUAGUUCACAGCUACAGGGGAACGGGGGGCAUCUUCGAGGUGUGCUGGAACGCCACGGGGGAUAAAGUGGGAGCCAGCGCGUCAGACGGAUCAGUUUGUGUACUAGACCUGAGGAAAUGACGCUCGUUUGGGGAGCCAUGGACCGACUACGAAUGUGUACAUAGCCAAAAUGACUGUCCCAGCCUGUCGUCUACACUGCUGUAGUCCCAUCAGAAGCCAUGGCCCAUCAUCACAACCACCAUUACCAUCACAGCCAAACAGAGCACCCCAACACCCCCAUAAACACACAGACUACCCCUCCAGAGAAGAGGUCAAACUAACCCCCAGCAAAGGGGAUCUGGACUUCCCUCAAGUCCAACUCAGACCCACAGGAGAGAAAAAUGACUAUAUUAUGGUCACCGAGACAAAAAUCAUAUUGAAGAGAAGAGGACCCAUUGCAUACAUACCAAAAUAUCUGCAAUUUGUUGUUUUAUUUAUUUAUUUUUUUAUCCUUUAUACCAGAAAUGAGAAAUGUUAAGCUUCCCCCCCCCCCCACGUUGUUGGUGUGUGCAUAUUGUACAUGUCCACAUUUUUUGUUGUCCUGUGGCCAUUUUGUUUUGCUUUAGGUUUGUGUUACAUGUCGAGAGAGGUAAGGUCAGUAGGAUUUUUUUCUUAAAUUUGGGUUUCAAACUGAUAUUGGGAGAAAUCAUUCAUUUUGGCACUGUCCAUGCAUGUUUUUGUGGUUCACAAAUACAUUGAACAACAAAUAUAUAUUUAUAAAGUUGAAAUAGGUUCAUUUGUUUUCAAUUCAAAGCUUCAAACAAUUAAAUUCAAAGUUUUUUUUUCAGUUUGCCAAAAUCCUUUUAUUAAACAUUUUUGGGAGAGCAGCUAGAGGGGAUUAAAGGUGCCAUAUGCAUACUUGUACUUCUUAUUACCUUUAAAUGGCUUCAGGUGUGCAAAACUGUUAACUUAGUAGAUAUCUGAGAAUUCUAAUAAACUCUUGGACUAAAGAUCAUCACUGCAGCUACUAGAAAGCCCCAUCCUCUUACAUUCUAACUACAUGUGAUGUUAGAUUUGAGUGUAAUGGAUUGGUUAGGGGAAGUUGCAGACACUGAUCUAAGGUCAGUUUGGCGUUUUCUCCCGUAAUGGCUAUGGCUAGGAUUGGGGGAUGGUAAGCUGAUCCUCGAUCUGUGCCUCCGGGGAGCUUUUAGCCAGAAUAUAGGGAUGGCAGUGCUUUGGGUAGCGCAUGAAUGACAGGACAACCCACAUUCAAAGCCACAAUGUGGGUUGUGUUCAGUAGGACACUAAGAAGCAACAAGUUUUGCAAUGGAAAAACACGUGUUAAACUUUGGACACGUUCAAUUAGAACCUCCACGUUUCAGAACGAUUUCUCCCUAUUGAACACUCUCCAUGUAUUCUGAUUGGUUGAUAAAGGAUGUUACCAUUAACAUCUGAGCUGUGCUAUUCACGAUAUGUUGUACCUCCAAUGUCCAUUGCGUGCCCUAGCUAACAAAUGCUAAAUGAUAAUCAGACUAAGCCAUCACUUUAGUUUAUUUUUUGCUUUGGUUUGUUGACCGGUCUUGCUUGGUAAUUAAUCUGGACAUACUGUAGCUGUCUUGAUUUCAGCAGUAACACCUGCAUAGAGUGACGUGUACUGUACAGAGGACCUUCAUAGCACCUACAUAAGUAUUACGCCGGCCCUUUCAAAUGUAUGCAGUCAGUUUCAACCAUGCUUCCUUCAAUCGACAACCAACUCAUCAUAUUUGAAAUGUUAACGCUGGGCAACCUUAUUGCAAUUUGUCAUGUUGAACAAAAUGUUUGAUUGUCAUUGACUGUUGAUGUCUGGGAUCUAGUGAUGUUGAUGUCUUCAGGUGUCAUGUUUAGGUGGUUGACUCCGACGUCAAAGUUAGCCGGUAGUUUUCGGACCCGAAAGAGGUCUAAAGGCGUCCGCAUGCUUCAGUUUGCCUGGCGGCUAGCCAAAGUCAGCUAGGCGAACUGAACAAGUGUGCUCGUAUACUUCUGCAAAAGACCUUCACUUAAAAAAAUUGAAACAAGCGGCAAUAGUACUGUUUGUCCAUUUUGAGACACCGUAGCCAGUAUACACUUUCUCAAAAUAAUCCAAAUUAAUAUAAGAUAACUUAAAUCCUGAGUUAUUAUUAUUUUUAUUUUUAACCUUUUUGUUUAACUAGGCAAGUCAGUCAGUUAAUUCUUAUUUUCAAUGACGGCCUAGGAACAGUGGGUUAACUGCCUUGUUCAGGAGCAGAGCAACAGAUUUUUACCUUGUCAGUUUGGGGAUUCGAUCUGGCAACCUUCCGGUUACUAGUCCAACACUAACCACUAGGUUACCUGCCGACCCAAAUCUAUCAUUAAUUUUUACAUUUUUGCAGAGGAGAUCUUAGAUAUAAAAUUGUGCGACUAAGAUGUUUGGUGCAGUAUUUCUCAAUGAAAAAAAUGAGUUGUCUCGUUGAAUGUCAACACAGACUUCACUGAAGAAUCCUGUUCUUCAGGAUGUUGACCAAUCACUGACGAACAGGUGUAGACUUCAGCUACCAACCUCGGCUUUUCUCGAUAAAAUAUUGUGUGCCUGGAAAAACCCUUACUGAAGUCCAAAACUAACAAAAACAUCACAAAAUGUCAUAAUAUAUGCACAAACUCUUCCGAACUGUUUCGGCUGGGAAGCAUGCGGACGCCUUUACACGAGAUUAGUCUACGUUCCAAGAGUUUUAUUUUUUUUUUUUUUUUUUGAGUUCUAUAAACAUCUGACAAAGUUAGAUUUUUGGAGUGAACCAUUGCUUUAAGUGUUCUGUUUUAGGACACAAUGCUGUGUCUGCUCUUUGGUCGUGGUUUUAAAAGUGAUUUUGUGCACAGCACCAACACAGGCUGUGUUGAGGCCUAUGCAUGGAUAGACAGCGUUUUUGUUUUGUAGUGUUUCAGAAGGUGCAGGUUUUUAUUUUAAAAAAUUAAGCCUGUUUUUUUUGGUUUUUCUUUUGCAGGGAGAUUAGUUGAUGAGAAGUGGACUUUGGGACAUAUAUGACUUCAUGUAACUACAUAUAAUAUAUCUGUGACAUCACAGGCAAUUCUUUUUAUAUGCCACUCAAGUGCAAAAAAAAAUCUAACUCUUGAAGACAUGCUUGGAAAAUGUGGCGGUACUAUACAUCAUGUGGGUCUUUUACCAUGAGAAAUGGUUCUUUAUAAAAUACCAUUAAACGGUCAUAGCUAUAAAAGAGAAGAGCAGCCCUAAGACUGGGUUUAUUAUUAUUUUUUUCUUCUGCACUUCAGAAGAAUGUGUAACAGGGAGACGUUUAAACCAGGGUUGUAGUCAAUUCUAUUUUGAUUCAUCCUGUAAGUGAACUUUCAAUUCAAGAAUUGAAAAAAAUUCCUUUCAAAAUGAAUGCCACUUUUUUUUUCCAUUCUUGAAUUGGAAUUUCAGUUCAUCCCAUAAAUUUCAUUUAGAGUUGACUCCCAACCCUGGUUGGCACAUCCAGACAGGGAUUAAUGCUUGUGGUUUUAUUUCACUCUCAGCUGAACGUGUGCAGUAGUUCUGUUAAAAAGGAAGGGGAAAUAGUAGUGUCUAAACUGUUGACUUAUUGGUUACACAUUGGAUCCAGGCCAACUUCAUGGCAUUCCAAAAUCCCAUAUCUUAGCCCUAGCUAUCAUCCUGUCGCUUUAAAACACCAAUGUUGUUUUUUGUUGUCUUCUUUUCAAAGGCCUCCUUUGCGAUUUUCUUUCUCAGAAUGUCACUUGUUUUACAAACAAAUUUUGUACAGAAGCUAAGAGUAUUUUGAAGUUUUCUUUAAUAUAAUCAACAGUGAGUGGAUUGUACCACGAUGACACAAUUUAUUAUGAAGUCUAUGACAGUGGAAUGGUAUUUUAUAACCCUUUUGUUUUUAAAAAGAGAUGCUUUUUACACUGCAUUCAAGUGUUUGCUAUUUUUUUUUGUUCCUACCUAAAGUACUAAUUCUAUCUUUGCUAUGUCUAAAAAGCCCUUGAAGGUUUUGUACUCUUUGGAAACUUUUAUAAUUCAGAUUUAUUUGUAGCUAUGUAAGCAAAAAUGAACAAAAACAAUAAAUCUCAACUUUAACAAGGACGUGUCAUAACACCCUGGACCAUGUAAAUACCUGUUUGCAGAUUUGUUUUUGUUCCAUGUUGUCUUUGCCCUCACCCUUAUGUUCUCUCUCUCAUAUGGUUGCCGAGACUCUCUCUGCAACCUACGCAUUUGACUGUUGUAAUAUCACUCAGAUCUUUGAAACGUCUAGAAUAAAAUCUAUUUUGAUAAUA